CAUGCUAUACUCCUAACUUCAGAUAAUUUUACAUAUAGGGACAUUUUAUGGCUCGACUUUUGAGUGAAUGAUCUUUUUCUUGGUAAAAGCACGGAUAACAUUCUGGCAGGUUUGACAGAAACUACACACGCGAGAAAGUUUGCAACCAAAGGUGGCAGAAAUAUAAAUGGAGCAUUGCACAUUGGUCAACCUUCUAAUGUGGAAGGAUGUCAGAAAGUCAGCUGCUAUGUUCGUUUUCUGCCUGUUCCUGAUGACUGCUCUAUCUUUCUAUAGUGUUUUGACAGUGUUCACAUGCAUUACAAUACCAUUUUUGACUGUCAUGCUGACACUAAGAGCGAUAUGGGUGCUCAAAUGUGCAUUUAUGAAAGAGUCCCUGGAUAAUCCAUUCCAACCUUGGCUGGAUACAGAUGUCGAAUUAAACGGGGAAAAGAUUUCCAAAUACAACACGUAUUUUCUACAGUUCAUCAGUGACUGGGCAGUUUUCUUAAGAAAAUUAGUGCUUGUAGCUGAUAUGAUGAACACUGCGAAGGCCCUUGGCGUCCUGUUUUUCAUGUAUCACCUUGGGAAUAAUUUCAGCGGCAUCACACUACUAUUUGCAGGCAUUCUAAUUGCUUUCACUGUCCCUAAAAUUCAUGACAUGUACAAAGAUGAGAUCAACAAAAUUAAAUCGACCAUCUUCGAUAAAUACGACAAUUUCCGCUCAAGAAUACAAGCAGUUAUUCCGAUUGGAAAAACCGAGAAGAAAAAAGAAUAGAUUAAUUAUGGAUAGAACCAAAAUACAGAACACUGGAGUUGGCAAUGCUGCACACGUCAUAUUUAUAUAUAAAAUGGAGGUAAAAUUAUAAGCUCUGCAUCCACUACCCGAAUAACACUAAGAUAUCUUACUUACAGAAAACUACAAAUAUUUAGUUUGUCCCCAUAAUCACCGCUGUUUGUCUCAGUUAGAGCCAAACGGAAACUAUUCAGAUGACGUAAAAGGGAAAUAAAGAGACAAAAGCUGCCACAUUAGGCAAGAACGAUUUUCCAUGUUUUCCAACUUUCUUUAAAAUUUCUUAAUUCUUAAAAGCGCAGCAAUACAAGAUUAUGAACUAACAGCUCUUCGGUAAUUCUGUUGUGUUUACCUCGAAGUCGUACCGUAACUUGCCAACAUUCAGUCUACUGAACACUGUGACCAAGUACGUUAUCCACUCUCCUUAAUAUAGGUCAGGUAUCAGAGUUAUGCACCGAUUUUGCUGCUGAAGGUAUUGUAAUAUAAAUGAUUCGUGCUUUGAAUAUGGUAAAAAAAAUGCACAGCACAGAGUUUAUCGUUAAGAAAUUAAACAGCCGAGUGCAUAUUUCAAAAUAUAUCUAGUUAUUGACUGAUAUUUGAUUGGAUAGCUUUUUAAAAAAAGAUGAAAUAGACAGAUGAUUCAAAGAAAGACCCUGAAACAUAAUACACAUAACAAUUCUUCAAAUGUGAAGAAGAAUGAAUAAAUUAUAGCAGCUGUAACUAAACGUGUCAAUUGUACCGUUUAGCCAACAUCAAUAUGCAGUUAUAUUUUCGUUAAUUUCUCGUACAUCCUUCGAAGCGUUCAUAUUUCGACGUAUAAAAAUGGUUCCAAACAGAAAUAAAGGGCGCUUGCGCCUUUCGCGGUUGAAACAUGUGAAGCAUCUCAUAAGAUUCAGCAUGGUCAUGGAGUCAAUAAUGAUACCCUGGGUACCAGAGUUUAAAGAAACCGUGGAUAAAGUACUGUAAACCGCUGAAGUAAAGGAUGAAUAGCAGGGUUUGCAUACCCUUCUCGCUCAAAUGAAUUUUUCAGUGACUGGUUUCGAACUAUAAUUCUGAGACUAAAUUAUGGAGACUCUUGCACCCAGUGUACAAUAAUCAGAGCAGCAAAUAAACAAAAGUUGGACAAUAGAGAGUCAUUAAAAUCAUUAAGAGAGAGAACAGUAUUUCAAUUGCUUUUAUUUAGUCGAAAUUAUAUACAAAAGGUUAACAAUGGGCUGGAUAUUUACAACAAUUGGCAUUAAAAGCACUGAUCCAGGAAAGCCGUGGAAAAAUCCACUAUUUGGUCUUUAUAUCGAUAUCUGGGACAUAGGAGGCAGCUUGCCAGAAGGAGGCCGUGCAGCCAGGUUGGCUUCUAAGUCUCGGAUCUGCAAACGAAGUUUGCGGAUCUCAUGCUUUUGCAAGUCUAUAAUGUGCCUGGCUUCUUCCUCGUCAAAGAUGCUGUCUUUCAGCUUUUCUUUAACUCCAUUGGUUUGUUGGAGUCCAAUGCCCGUCACGUGCUGCUGUUUACGCAAGACAUUAA